AUGGAUCUCCUUCACAGCAAUGGCGUGCUUAUCAUUCAGCAUUUACAGAGGGACUACAGGGCUUACCAGGAUUUCCUUAAUUUUAUGUCACAUGUUGGAGAUCCCCGGAAUAUAUUUUCAAUUUAUUUUCCUCUUUGGUUUCAGCUCAACCAAGUGGUUGGUACUAAAAUGAUAUGGGUGGCGGUCAUUGGAGAUUGGUUCAACCUGAUAUUUAAAUGGAUUUUAUUUGGCCAUCGCCCAUACUGGUGGGUGCAAGAAACAAUGAUUUAUCCCAAUCAGUCAAACCCAUGUCUUGAGCAGUUUCCUAUAACAUGUGAAACUGGACCAGGAAGCCCAUCUGGACAUGCCAUGGGAUCUUCCUGUGUCUGGUAUGUAAUGGUCACAGCAGCACUUAGCUACACAGUUAGAUUGAAAGAUAAAUCAGCAGUUACCCUUCACAGGUCAGUAUUGACAUGGUCAUUCCUCUGGAGUGUUUUUUGGAUUAUCCAGAUCAGUGUGUGCAUCUCAAGAGUGUUCAUUGCAACGCAUUUCCCACAUCAAGUAGUUCUUGGAGUAUUUGCUGGCAUUCUUGUGGCAGAAGCAUUUGAGCAUACCUCUGCAAUUCAGACAGCAAGCUUGAGAAUGUACAUGAAGACAAACUUGUUUCUUUUCAUCUUUGCCCUUGGCUUUUAUCUAAUCCUCAAGCUUCUUGAUAUUGACUUGCUAUGGUCUGUUCCAAAAGCCAAGAAGUGGUGUGCCAAUCCAGACUGGAUAAACAUUGACACAACACCAUUUGCUGGACUGGUGAGGAAUUUAGGUGCACUCUUUGGCUUAGGUCUUGGAAUUAAUUCCGAAAUGUUCAUCACAAGCUGCAAAGGUAAAAAUAGCUGUAAGAGAAGUUUCCGUGUGUUGUGUAUAGCUGCUUCCUUAGCUACACUGCAGCUGUAUAAUUUCAUCAAGAUACCUACUCAUACUGAGUAUUUGUUCUAUGUGCUCUCUUUCUGUAAGAGUGCAGCUAUGCCUCUGACUGUAGUUGCCUUAGUUCCUUACUGUGUUCACUCGUUAAUGAGGACAACUGAAAAGAAAUUGAAUUAGGUAGUUUCCAAAUGGUUAGCAAUGUGGGGAUGGAUAUGAACUGUUCAAGAACCUUUCACAAAAGUGGUUUUGCUAACUCAUUUUAACCAAGGGAGAUGCCACUGCAUCUUCAGUGUGCUCCUGGUAAGUAAACAGUACAUCAAAAAUUAGUAUAUUCAAGAAUGACUUUGGCAGCUCAGAAACAAUAAUUACUGAUUUCAUUCAUAGAAAUAUUGCAACCUCACUGCAGUAUGGUAAAAAAUACCCGAUACUCUGGGUCACACUGAAGUUUUAAAACUAUAAUCAACUAGUUUUAUGUAGCUACUUGGUGGUCUUUUAGUUCUGUCCAUCUCCAGCUAGAUGGUGCUUCAGGCCUCAAUUGUAUAUAGUGAUACUCAGUAUUUAAUUUUUUUAUAGAGAGAUAUUGUGUUAAACUUCUAGAUAAUGGUGUGAGAGUAUCACACCACCUACAACUGUACAGCUAUACCCAGGCACUGUGAAAAAGGCCAGCAUAGCUAUAAAGAAGACUUUAGAUUUAACUUAUUGAGCUUCCUGAGCAAAACAGCUUCUGAUUAAGCCAGAUGGAAAAAAAAAAUAAACAUUUAUUUCAAUUAGACUCUGUAGAAUAUAUUUUUGCAUUACUGUGUGAUUUUUUGUCAUUUUUACUUUUUGAAAGUAGUCACAUAAAUCAUGAAUGAUACAGAUUACACCUUUGAUACUGAAAAUGCAUAAAUAUAAUGUACCAAGUCUUUGGGCUCUGUACAUCUACACAGAGCAAAAAAUGAAGCAGGUUGUCAAUAAUGACACCAUAUUACUUCUAGAAUUUUGCUUGUCCUCCUUUAGUGCAAAGGUGAAUUAGUCUGAUUCCCUCAUUUCAAGAGUCACAAGCCUGAAUCAGUUUGUUGUGUAAAUCAUGCAAAUGUGAUUGCAGGCAAAGUCAUUGCAAGAGGAAAGGUCAGUCCAGAUCUGCACCAAGCAGUCUCCUCAAGGCUUGUUACUCAUGGACAGGCACACCACAUAGCUCCACUUGCCCUUUAACCCCUUUGCACAGGUGCUGAAGAGCUUUAUAAUCAUCUGGUUGUCAAUAGCACACAGGUAUAAAGUGGAAGGAGAUGGCACCCAAGAACAUCUAAGACCAGUACAAGUGCUUGUACACUGUCUCAUGUGGACAUACUUCCCAAUACAUAGCAUCCAAUAUUUAUCAGCUGCCCAAAAAUGGGAUGAUGUUAGGAUGAC